UCGAUUCUGUACCGCAGUCGGGUUUAGAGCUUGAACAUGGCGGACAAAACUAAGGUUACUGAGCAGUAUUAUGCGCCGCCGCCCGACCUAGGAGGAUGGGAGUCUUUCAGGAUCUUCCUAUGGAACUCGGAAACCGGACAGUUCCUCGGCCGGACUGGAUCGAGCUGGGCUAAAAUCCUGCUAUUCUACGUGAUCUUCUAUGCGUGCCUAGUGGGCUUCUUCGCUGGGCUGCUGGCCGUCUUCUACCAGACCCUGGACAUGAAGGUGCCCAAGUGGCAGCUGGACAGCUCCAUCAUCGGCAGCAACCCUGGUCUCGGAUUCCGGCCGAUGCCCGAAACGUCCAACGUGGAGAGUACCCUGAUCUACUACAGGGCCAACGACAAGGGCUCCGUGCUCAAGUGGGCCAAGGUCAUCGAUGACUUCCUGCAUACUUACCGCCGCAAGGGCAGCGGCAGCGGCGAGGUCCCCGGCGCGGAGAACCGCGUGGCCUGCAGCUUCAACUCGGGCCCGCUGGGCGACAAGCAGGUCUGCGACGUGCCCGUCGACGACUUCAGUCCGUGCACCCCUGCCAACCAGUACAACUAUGAGCAGGGCGCGCCCUGCGUGUUCUUGAAGCUCAAUAAGAUUUUCAACUGGAAGCCGAAGCUGUACAAUACCACCGAUGACCUGCCUGGGAACAUGCCAGAGGACCUCAAGCAGCACAUCAAAUCUACCUCCGGCAAGAAUGAAGCGAACAUGGUGUGGGUGUCCUGCGAGGGUGAGAACCCCGCUGACGUGGAGAACAUCGGUCCGAUCCAGUACAUCCCCCGGCGCGGAUUCCCUGCCUACUACUACCCCUUCACCAAUAAGGAUGGCUAUCUCAGCCCGCUGGUCGCUGUGCUCUUUGAGAAGCCUAGGACGGGCGUUCUGAUCAACAUCGAAUGCAAGGCGUGGGCCAAGAACAUAUUCUACGACCGCUACGAGCGGCGCGGCUCAGUCCACUUCGAGCUGAUGGUAGACCGCGGUUAAGCACCCAGCGCGGCGCAGGCGGCGACCCCGCGGCCCUGCCACCAGGACUGCGAAUGAGUGUGUGAUUCGUGGAUUAACCACUCCUUUUCACUGUGGUUCUUAACUGGGAACACUUCAAAUUAUAUACCAAAACUACCACCAAUUGUUUACCACCAGGGAGCCUGCGAGUAAGGGUGUGAAGUUUUGAUUAACCACUCCUUUUAACUGUGGUUCUUAACUGAUACUCUCUGGACGUCAAGUGGACAUGGACGUAAAAUGGGGCUAGAAAAUGGCCUCCAGUCUCGAAGACGGCAAUCUUUUUGUGGUCUUGAAGACUGGCUAGACUUGCCAUAAACAUCUAGCGUAGGUUGCUCAAACUUUCUGCAUUUGAUGUCAUUUAAUUCACUUGAACGUUUUGCUCACUAGUCACGUCAGUGUGUUCCACGAAUUUAUGAACAGAAAACCAUUUGUUGACUGUAUUCGAGAUAGGUUUUGGUGAUCCCUGAGAAAACAAAAUCACUAAAAGGUUAAGAACCACUAUUUUAACUCAUUCACUGCUACAAUUGUAGCCGAUAACAUGCGUUUCCCAGUAGCGAAAAUCCUUCGUAGAGGCGAAACGACGUGAGCGCUGAAUGGGUUAAGCUUUUAUGGGUGAGCUUGCUUAAAACUGCCAUGAAUGGUUAAUCCACUUUUAAUGUUAAUCAAUGUAUUGAUUGUUAAGAUAUAUUUUAAGCGCACUUUCGUGCCAAUGUAAUCUUUAAAAUGGUGGCAGGAUUGUGAAUGGGUUGCCAGUGACGUUGGUUAGUGUCCGCCAUUCAAGCCAGGGUUGCUGGGGCCGCCGGGCAACCAACCAGGUGCGCGGUGGUUCCAGCAACCAGUUCUUAAUGAAGUAAGGCCAACAUAAUGAGAUAAGGAAUGUUAUCAAACUUUAAAGGCUUUUAAAACUUGCCCUCCUGAGCAGAACAGGACCAGAUAGUCUGGAAAAGUAUAUGAUCACUGUCCGCAUGGUAAGAAAGCAUAAAGAUGGACGUAUGGAUACGCGUUGGCCGGCCAGAAGAACGUCAGAGACUAAGAGCUGAUUUAGACGGCGCGUGAACUCGUAUGCGAUUUUAGUUAAAUUGAGGACUAUUGGUUGCAUCCAAUUCAGCUGACAAAUACCGCAAUGUAAUGAAACUCGCAUGCGAGAUCUCGCACCGUCUAAAUCAGCUUUAAAGCCACAUACAGGCUAGCAUAAACCGGACCCAAGUUAGAGUGGCUUGGAGAGCACUGGUGAUGAAGAGUCGCUACAGUCUUACAGCCAUGAGGAUACGACAAAGAAAACAUUUAAAAUAAUUGCUGUGCGGAUAUGAUGGUCGUUCUUGUCUACGUGACAGCGUGAUAAAACGGUGUCCGUCACUUUAAAAAGUGUUAAAAAGUGACAGUUGUAUUAUCACGUGGAUAAAGAUGGAUAAAGCUAUCCAUAAUACGCCGGCUGGUCAGAAUGUCUUAACUUCUUAACUUCUUUAUCUCGUUUUGUUGGUUUUAGGUUGGUUGAUGGCCACAGGGGGGAGGGGGGGUUAGAUCCAAGCGCCGCUGCCCGCUAUUAGCAAUAGCCAUAGUUGGCGUUUAUUUAUAUUCGUUUUAGAAUAAGCCAGAGGGCGUUUCUGUUUGUUUGUCACGCUUCAAGUAAGAUAAAAGUUUUAUUGAUAUUUAUUAAUAUUUAAAUUCUGGACGGACAGUCAAUAAACACGCAAUAGUUGGUUCCAAUU